CAGUCAGGAAGGAACGAUAGAAAACUCAUUGAAACAUCAUAUGGGAUAUUAUACGUAUGUUUAGUGUAUAUAUCAAAUACAUUACCACUAUUGUUUAAUCCAAUGGUACUCAACUUAAUUCAGAUUUCUUUUUUUCCAUGAAAUGACAUAAUGUUUAAUAUCAGAUAGGGGGUUUACGAGGAGCACACAAAGGGCACAGGAUACACGGCGAGGGUGAAGGGUCGGGAUCUGUUUUUUUUUUUACUUUUGUUUGGACUUAUAUUAUUAUCGUCGAUGGAUUCACAACCACCACAGAAGCCAUGGGAAAGACGAAUUCCAGGAACAAUGACAGUACCUACAAACUACCGAUACACAGAUUUUCUACCAGCUGCAGGCUCCUCCGCUCCUUCUGGUCCUCCUGUUCUAACCAGGAUGGCUCCCCCAGUGCCCCCUCGUCCUGUCCACCAGCCCUACCGCCCAUCCUAUAACUCUUUCACCUCCUCUUCUAGCCCCUACGGGAGCUCCAUUUAUGGUGGAUACAGCCCGUACACCUAUGGCGCUGGCUACAGCACUGGCUAUGGUGCUGGUUACAGCCUGGGUGGGUACAACCGCUUCACCCAUGCAGAUGACGUGCCUCCCAACCGGUUUGUGCAGCAAGCAGAGGAAAGCAGCCGUGGGGCCUUUCAGUCCAUUGAGAGCAUCGUCCAGGCUUUUGCCUCCGUUAGCAUGAUGCUGGACGCCACCUUCUCUGCUGUGUACAACAGUUUUCGUGCCGUGCUUGACGUAGCCAACCACAUCACACGGCUACGUGCCCAUCUCACUCGAGUUUUGUCAGCUUUUGCUCUGGUGCGCACUUUGCGCUACUUCUACAGACGGUUACAGAGGCUGCUGGGGCGGAGGUCAGAGGAGGUAGAGGACCUCUGGCCAGGCAGUGCUGGAGAUGCCAUUGCUACUAAUACGCCCAGAGGCUUUGGAGCAGGGAUGGAGGAUCAGCCUGUCAAGUCCUGGCCAAUCCUUUUGUUUUUUGCUGUAGUUUUGGGUGGACCAUACCUCAUCUGGAAGCUACUUAGCUCCAGUUCUGACUCUGAAGAAAAUGGAACUAACUGGGCCAGUGGAGAGGAUGAUCAUGUAGUGGCUAGAGCAGAGUACGAUUUUUCAGCUGCAUCUGAGGAGGAGAUUUCAAUGCGAGCUGGAGACAUGCUCAAUCUUGCCCCUAAAGAGCAACAGCCCAGGCUGCGUGGCUGGCUCUUGGCCAGCUUGGAUGGUCAAUCUACUGGGCUCGUCCCAGCCAAUUAUGUCAAGGUUCUUGGGAAGAGAAGAGGCCGUAAGCACACAGAGAUGGAGAGGCUCGCUCAGCUCCAACAGGAGAACACACAGGCACCCCAGACGUCGCUGGAUGCAAACCCACAGUCACAUCCUGCUCCAGCUACUCCAGCCUGUGCAGGAGCUUCCUCAGAAGAGCUGCUAGAAUCACUGUACAGUGAAACACCUGCUUCUUUCAGCCUGGGAACAUCUAGUUCCAAUAUGCCUUCAAGCACGGUGCUAAACAUCCCAGAGUAGACUGACCUAUGAUGUUUAUGCGUGUCGUUAGCGUGUGUGUGAGGGAUUGCAUAAGAAAGGUCUAUAUAUUACCUAAAUAUGGUACACAGCUGUUUAGAUUAUGUCUGAUUUAGGAAAUUAUAAUGUCAGAUUUUUGAAAAACAAAUGUUAGUUCAGUGAAGUGGACUGAUACUGUACAUCAUCAGUAUGAUAGCGUAAGAAAAAUGCUUAUGUUGUUUAUUCUGUCAGAAUGUAACCUGUUUGGUCUCAGUUGUGGGAUCUUCAUAAAGCAAGGAGCUUUAAACUCAUUUACGAUGACACUGGGCUAACUUUGCACAUUUCAGCAGUAAUAUUGUAAAUAUUUAAAAUUAAAGUAUUUUGAAAAUAAAUAUGUUCAAAAAUCUUGA